UUUAGUGAUUAGCCUCGUUAGUUGUUCCAGGUCGUCCAAACUACUGCCGAUUUGCCGGACAUGCGGGAAUAGGUGAAUUACCUAUUACCAACGUACCUGUUCUUCCAGUACUAUUUCUUCUAGUACUAUGUACCUAUAGUAGACCGCCCUCCAUUGCCGCUAUGCCACACGUGGUGGCAGCUGGACCACCUGUCUGGACUGCCCCUUCCAAAGACCAUCCAUCGUCUUGUCAGUUUACAUAAGCAUUGUCUCAUAUCGAAGAGUAUUUGUAUUAUGUAAGAUUUCAAAGGUACCCAUAGAAUUUAAAUGGAAUAAACGGAGUACGUACCGUCGGCUUAGCCUCCCCGGUCCCCGUAUCCUACCUAUCCUUAUGCAUCCCGCUCAUCCUUGUACACGUCCGACGUUCGCGACAACAGUCCGUCGUUGAUAAAUUAUAAUCCUGUUGCGUUUUUUUUUAAGUAUCACCACAGCGCGAGCUUGAUACUCGCCCUUUCUACCUUGUUCUAAUAGAAGUUCAAUACAAAAUAUUAAUCAUCGAUGGCUCUUGAUCCUCAAUCGGUGUUGGCAAAGCUCAAUGCAAGUGCGCCGGAACAAAUCGCCGCUCUACGGUACUUGAAGAAUGAGGUGAUCGGUCAUAUCCAGAAGAAAGAGGACUGGGUUCGACACGGCGUCCUCCGUCCUAUCGUUAGGGUCAUAACUCCAAACACCCCCAAAGCGAGUGAAGAUGCGCGGCCGCCUUUUCUGACUUUAACGACCUUCACAGACGAAGACAACGCCAAGCUACAAGCUUUACAGCUUCUUGCUAGCUUUGCGAAUGCUGGGCCAGCCUUUCUUUCGCCGCUGCACGCGGUAGAUGCCUUACCAGCUGUUCUAGACAGUUCCUAUCUCCAGAACGGGCAUCCUCAGAUUGUCCUAGCCGCCCUUCGAGUUGUACGAGAUAUAGCAGCAGCAGCAGCCUAUGCUCCGCCGACCUCCCCGAUUACCACCAAGUCCCUUGCCGAAACAUUAUUCGCCGAAGGUCCUCUAGAUUCUCUAUUCCAUAUCCUCUCACAAAAGAACCCAAACUUCGAUAGCGAAGCCCAAAUAUCCAUAGUUACGCAUUUGAUCAAGGACCUCUGCCGCGAGCAACGUCACCAGUUAGCAUUACUAAACAAGGGCAUCCUCGAUGCACUUGCUACAAAGCUGGCGAGCUUUGUGGUUGCCCAAGGGCAAGUUCUUCCCGGGGCCGAGAUCAUUGCUCGCCUUGAAGGCCUAGAAGACUUCAUACCAGCUCCUGCUACCCCUGCCAGUGACUUAGAUGGGGUCCUAGGUGCGAUUGCUUCUAUCAUCGGGGACUCUCGGUUCCGCGCUUGCAAAUUACUUUACUCGCCUUCGAUAUUAGCAAUAUUUCCAGUUGCUAAUAUAGAUCCGAGCAAAUCUCCGAUGUUACCCUUAGGACCGAUGGAGCUACCUGGCGUACAGCGGCCGCCGACGAAACAUAUGAAUUUUGAGCCUAUGGAUUUACUCCUUCCUCAAAUUUUACCCGGAUUCCCGGGCCAUACUACCAUCCCAUCAUCAGGUACGCUCCGUGAAGAUUUAGGUCACAGUAGCCAAUCGACAUCCAAGUUUCAAAGUGCUGCAACGUCGCGAACCCCAUCCGAAGACGCCUCAGCUUCCAAGGACGACGCGGAGGGUGAAAAAGCAGAAAGCUCUUUGGUGCCUUGGCUUAUUCACCUGAUAAGGUCACGGAGCGGAAGCGAAAUGUUGAUGGCUACAUCUAUCUUAACCUCUUUAUUUAAAGCUGGGUUUUCUUACACAACGAGAGAAGCAAGUUUAGGCCUACUUGUUGUACCGGCUCUCCUAGGUAUGCUCGAGGAGGUCGACGCUAAAAUAAAGAAUAUCGACUACAAUAGCUACAGCCGGGACGCUGCUUCAAUGCUCAAUACAGUCGAAGAGGCACCUGCUGUAUUGGCCCGUCUUAUCACUGAUAGCGAGCCGUUACAAGCAGCAGCCUUCGAAUGCAACGCAGUGAAAACAGUGUGUAAGUUACUCAAAGAGAGUUAUGACGCCCCUCCUCCGCUUGCCAGGUCAUGGUCCUGGGCGUUGAGUAAGAAUAGCUCGGACUCGACAGGUGAAGUGCCCCCUAACUGUUGCUUGGGAGAUGAGGGUCAGCACCGCUUUCUAGUCCAUCGAGUCAAGCUGAGGGAGAAUGCGCUAAAAGCUAUUGGGGCGUUGGCAACUUUUAAGGACGAGUAUCGAAAGGCGAUUAUUGAGCAUGAAGUGGUUCACCAUAUUGUCGAUUCCCUAACACCGACCCCCGACAAUCCGGUUUCGGUUGUCCUAGCAGCUUGUUAUGCCGUCCGUAUACUCUCACGUUCGGUAAAUAUUCUUCGCACGGCUUUAGUCGAUCACGAGGUAUCCACGCCUUUACUGCAACUCCUUCGGCAUGAUGAUGUUGAGGUGCGGGUUGCUGCCGCAGCAUUGGCUUGCAACCUCGUUACGGAUUUCAGCCCAAUGAGAGAGUCCCUCGUUGAAGCUGGAAUUUUACCGGCAUUAUGUAGACAUGCUCAUUCGCAUAAUGCAACUUUACGUUUGAAUGCUCUCUGGGCGCUCAAGCAUCUAGUGCAUGCAUCAAGUAUCGACCUCAAGAAGAGAUGUGUGGAAGAACUCGGAUCCGGAUGGUUAGUCCGACUGAUAUGCGACGAUACUGAAGACGAGGCGCUUUACUCGGCGAAGACGCGGAGUGAUAGGGAAGCAGCUCAAAAUACACUAAAUGGCAUGGAUGAAGAUAUAGAUAUGGGCAUGGCUGACGACCAGUCCCGCGCCUGGCUUUCAACAUCCUUCUAUAAGUCGCCCUCAAGCCUAGCUCAUACGGAUAUCCGCAUAUUGCGGGACGCAGAAGAGCAAUUAGAAAUACUUCGGGAGAAUGAUUUAAAUCCCGUUUACAGAGCUAGAAAGGACGACUUGUUGAUUCAGGAGCAGGGUCUUGAUUUUAUUCGAAAUCUCAUCGGUGGAGCUCUUUCGGGCAGUAGUACAGACUCGCUGAACGACACAACGGAGAUGAUCGACUUCUUAUUUAACACUUUGGGGCAAGACCGUUUAUUCGAGAUUCUUGCCUCUAAGCUACGAACUAAGGUUUUCCACCCAUUCGGCCGGCGAGACGGUACAGGUAACGAAACACGGAUCGCACCUCCCAAGCCCAAAAUUAUCGUAGCAGUCAUCUACAUAUUGGUUCACAUCGCAGCCAGCAUACCUCGCCACCGGCAGUUAGUAGUGUCUCAGACUGAAUUGCUAAAGCAACUACAGAAGCUAUUCAAUAGUCAAGACAAAGAAGUGCGAGUUGCGCUAUGCCACCUCAUUAAUAACUUGACGUGGCAGGACAACGCCAGCGAUGGCCCCGGAUGUUCUCAGCGGGCACAGGAGUUAAAGAAUUUGGGAUUCCUGACAAAACUCGAGUCUCUCAAGGAGGGUGACGGCGAUCUCGACGUUCGCGAACGAGCAAAGACUGCUUUGUGGCAGAUGAAACCGGCAUAUUAAGUCACAAGAGAUGGGUUUGUUUUCUACAGAAUAUUGCUUUUCAUGUAGCAACGGCGUUUAUCGAGCCUACCUAACAAUGUGCGAAGACUUGUAUAAGAAUGAGAGGCAGGCACACCGGUUCUCUCAGCGGACGCGAUGAAGGAAUUACGUUCGGAAGGUAUCACCAGUCUGCUUUAGGUGGGUUUUACGAUAUGUACGGGGCGGGAGUGCAGGAUUCUGUUGUAUGCAAAGGUUUUUUUUUUUUUUCCUUUUUUUCUUCGGGGAAAAGGCGUGCUGGCGUUUUAAGGGGAGAAAUAUCUGUAUAUAACAUACAUACCCCUUUUUAACAGUGGAAAG